AUGUCCGACCUCCAACCCCAACCCCAACCCUCCUCCUCUUCAUCCCCCCCCUCAUCAUUCACCUUCCCUCCAGAAUAUCACUUUCCCCCCUUUUUCACCCGCCAACGCAACCUCACCACGCACCACGCCCAACUCGUAAAAUGGAGCAACCUCGUCCUCUCCUAUUGCCGCCAUCACCGCAUCCUGAAGCUCUCUAUGUCGGGAACAAGCGGCUUCGCCAUGCCCUCGCCAAACCUCACCCUGCCUGUUGUUUCGUCAGGAGGGAAUAGCUCGUCUAAUAACCCAGGCCCAUACCCACCGAGUUUGAUCCUGGGCGAAGUUACAGCAGGGAGUUCUGUGGUCGAGGUUGACACCUCAGAAUUAUUCCACAACCGCAAACUCAACCGCCGGUUGGCGCUGGCAGAUAUUAGGAGUGUGAUUGACUUUUUGAGGAAGGAUGGACGGGCGGAGUAUGUGUCAACUGGGAAGAAAGAGCCGAGUGAGGGGGAUCUGGCAUGGAUUUACUGGAGGACACCGGAGGAGUGGGCAGGAUUGGUCGAGGCGUGGGUGGAUGCUACCGGGCAGAGGGGAAGCGUGUUGACGGUGUAUGAGUUGAUUGAGGGGGAUGGGACGUUGGGCACUGAAUUCCAUGGCCUAGACCAAGAACUCCUGCUCAAGGCACUCAACGUGCUCGUCAAGCGCGGCAAGGCACAGAUAUUCGGCCAGGAAGACUCGCGCGGUGUCAAGUUUUUCUAA